AUGACUUCUAAGGUCAAGGUUGCUGCGGUUCAAGCUGAGCCUGUCUGGAAUGACCUACAAGGCGGGGUUUCCAAGGUCAUCUCACUGAUCAAGGACGCUGCCAAAAACGGCGCCAAGGUGGUCGGUUUCCCCGAGGUAUUCAUCCCUGGUUAUCCAUGGAGUAUCUGGACUAACUCGGCUAUUGAGAAUGUUUCCUUCAUGAACGAGUACUUCGAGAACUCCAUGGAAAGGGAAUCGGAGGAGAUGGAACGCAUCAAAAUUGCCGUGCGCGAAGCGGGUGUAUUCAUCGUUCUAGGGUAUAGUGAACGGUACCGAGGAUCAUUGUACAUUGCUCAGUCAUUUAUCGAUCCUACUGGUACUAUCGUCCACCACCGACGGAAGAUCAAGCCGACUCAUGUCGAGAGAAGCUAUUGGGGAGACGGGCAAGCAGACUCUCUUAAGACGGUAGCCCCCAGUGCUUUUGGAAACAUUGGGGGGCUCAACUGUUGGGAGCAUACCCAACCACUUCUACGAUAUUACGAGUAUGCUCAAAACGUCGACAUCCAUGUCGCAAGCUGGCCUUGCUUGUGGAACGUUCCGUCUUGGACAUACCAUGCUUCUGACGAAGCAAGCAGCCGUUUCAGUCAGGUUAUGGCAAUGGAAGGUGCUUGCUUUGUCCUUGUUUGCACUCAAAUACAGACACCGGAGGGAAAGGUCAGGUCCAAGUUGCCGGACUUUGACUGGAUGAAGCUUCCUGGUGGAGGCUUUACGGUGAUAUUUGGUCCUGAUGGAGCGCCGUUAACAGAACCAUUGGAUCCUGGAGAGGAGGCCAUCGUGUAUGCGGAUAUUGAUCUGAAAGAUCGGAUCAAGGCGAAGCAGAACCUGGACAUUGUGGGACAUUACUCUCGUCCUGAUCUUUUGAGUCUGCGGGUCACAACUGAAGCUGCGGCGACUAUUCACUUUAAUAAUACUUGA